AUGUAUCCCAUUAAUCUGCUCUUUGGUUUUUUGACCCAAAUCCUGCUCGUGUCAGCAAUCAUCCAUGUUCGACAGGAUGUGAACACGACUUCAGAAGCGAAUUACGGGCACCAUACAACCUACACCACAGUCUACAAUUCCACUAUCACCGUCUCUGUUACCCAUACCACGCUCACCACGGAACCUAGGUCCUCGGCGACGUCGACGAGUUCCACCAGCAGCGCACCACUCAGUCGACCAUCGUUGCCGUUUACAGUGCUUGCCAUACGGCCUGGGACCCCGAUUCAUCAACUUCGAGUGAACGCAGAUGGCCAGCGUUUCUACCUUGGUGGUCAACCUUCAACAUACUGUCCAAAAAGAGUUGAAGAACUCGGUGGUUGCCCUCCUGGAGAGACCACAGCGUUUGGGCUCUGUUCCAUGGCUGUUCUUGUUCCCGGCGGACAGGAGAUAUUUGCCCUACCUAAUGGUGAGCUCGGCUUUACGCAGGCUCAUUCUGCUCUCCUUCCACCAGGAUCCAGCACCUGCCCUUUCGAGUAUGUCAUGGAACAUCGCGGCGACCAAUAUGCGCAUCUGUUCCCGAAUGCCACCAACGCCUUUAGGGCCAAGGGGUUUCGUGCAUGUCCGACCAACGACGGUCGGUGGCAAGUGCUUCUGGCUUUGGCCAACGUCACAGUGCCGAGCGUGACGAACCAGACCGAGUGUCUGCCAUUUGCGGCGUUCGCUGUUGACUACGAGAAUGGAUAUGCCGCCUGGCAGUACAACUGA